AUGGCUACCAUGCAGAAGUUCAUUGCAGCCUACGAUGCUCGGCAGGCGGUUCUUGCUGUGAGCACCAAUCCUUUCGCUAAAGGCAUUGCUUGGGUAGACGGAGAACUCGUUCCUCUACAUGAAGCACAUAUCCCUCUCCUCGACCAGGGCUUCAUGCAUAGCGACCUUACAUACGAUGUCCCUUCCGUCUGGGAUGGCCGCUUCUUCCGCCUCGAUGAUCAUAUUACUCGGCUCGAAGCUAGCUGCGUCAAACUACGCUUGAAGCUUCCACUGCCUCGCGAGGAAGUCAAGCAGACCUUGAUCGACAUGGUUGCCAAAAGCGGUAUCCGGGACGCGUUCGUGGAAAUCAUCGUGACCCGCGGCCUGAAGGGAGUUCGCGGUACUGAUCCCAAGGACAUCGUCAACCGCAUUUAUAUGUUCGUUCAGCCGUAUGUAUGGGUUAUGGAGCCUGAAGUACAGCCCAUCGGCGGUACAGCGAUUGUCGCACGUACUGUUCGUCGCGUUCCUCCCGGUUCUAUGGACCCAACUGUUAAGAACCUCCAAUGGGGCGAUCUGACUCGCGGGCUCCACGAAGCUGCCGAUCGUGGAGCAACCUAUCCUUUCCUGACCGACGGCGACACCAAUCUCACCGAAGGCUCUGGUUUCAAUAUCGUUCUUGUCAAAGACGGUGUCUUAUAUACGCCUCAGCUCGGUGUUCUUGAGGGUGUCACACGCAAGAGUGUCAUCGACGUUGCGCGAAUGAACGGUCUGGAGAUUCGUGUGGAGCUCGUGCCUGUGCAGAAGACCUAUGAGGCCGAUGAGAUUUUCAUGUGUACCACCGCUGGCGGUAUCAUGCCUAUCACAAGUCUCGAUGGUAAUCCAGUUAACGGUGGCGAGGUUGGUCCGAUUACGAAGAGGAUCUGGGAUGGGUAUUGGGAUAUUCAUUACGAUGAAGGGUUCAGCUUCGAGAUUGAAUAUAACGAUGGGAAUAGGAACACUUCAAGUGGCCCCGGUCUGUAG